CCUCAGCUUUCGGUUCCCUAAGGUUUAUCUUCGACCCCGGGCCUUUGACUCUCCUUUUCCCACUGGAUAUCUAUCCCGCGCAGCAUGUCUGCUCCCCCGUCCGAUGAAGGCGACUCCCGGACCGCUGCCGUCGGCUCGCGCACGCAAUUGAACGGCUCCUCCAACCGCUCCUCGCGCCAAAGUUCCCAGGACCCGAAUCCUCAUCCUCGAAAGCGCCAACGACGCAACGGCAAUCCCGAUGAGCGCAAGGUCGAGGACUUUGUGCCCCAGGGUGCGACCUUCAGCGCCAACUCUCUCGAUAUAGACCCUGACGAGACUUCCUCAUCCGGCUCAGAUAGCGAAUCCGCGGGCACCAGUUCGUCGGAAGACAAAGGCGACGCGGCAUCCAAGCCGCAGGCCGCCGCCGCCGCACCACCCAUCAGUUGGAACAAGGGCAGCAAAAGUGCCAUCAGGACGUCGCUGCGCGGAAGUCGCAACACGGGCGAGGAGAGCCAGAAGCCUACUGCUUCGAAAUUCGACGUGGUCAAUGACAAGUUCUGGCGCAGUCGGAGUGUGUCGACAUCCUCGGCCGGCGACCGCGACGACGCCGCGUCAAGCAAGUACGACCAAGAUGACGAGAUGGAGGAGGGUGAAGUGGACGAGGCGGAGAGAUCUGCCGACUCGAGCGAUAUACAGGGCUCAGGGGACUCGGACGAUUCGGAAUCCUUGGACUCGGAGGCUGAUGACUCGAUUUUGUUGAACAUCGGGGACCGGGGUCCCGGCCAGAAUCUUGGUCAGACUCAGGACGGUAUUUUUACUCCAGAUGGCGACGUUGACUACGAUCUGGGCACCCGGCCGACGGCGAAUGGUCGCAAGAGUCGCAGCACACAAGACGAUCUCAUCGAUGGCGCCCCGAAGAUGUCAAAAGAGGAUGCACUCCGCCGAUACUCCGAAAAGUAUCCGACCGCUCCCUCUGUCCUCGCGGAUCUUGAUCGGGAAGACAUGGACUUUCAGGCGAAGUAUCGAUUCUAUGAUCGCGACAUCAACGCCAUCGAUCUUCAACUCCCGAUCGCUUGUACGGAGUGCUUACAAGAGGGACAUCUCGCAGAAGUCUGUCCCUCCAAGGAGUGCGCCCACUGCCACGCCUGGAAUGAACACCAAAGCAGCUUCUGCCCCACCUGGCGACGCUGCCAACGCUGUCGCGAGCGCGGCCACGACGAUGACGCCUGCCCCUCCGCCCUUAAAAGCUCCGCCUCCGAGGUCCCAUGCGACCUCUGCGGCUCAUCCGAGCACCUUGAACUCGACUGCGAUCACAUGUGGAAGCUCGACCAUCAACAAGACUCUGCGUCGCUCGGCCCUGUCCUCGUCUCCAUCUCCUGCGCAAAGUGCACCAGCAACCGCCACCUCAUUGGAGACUGCCCCUCCCUCACUAAACCCCUCGCUUCAUCCACGUGGACCCUCCGCGGUAUCGACGAGCGCAUGAUCACGAAUAUCAAUUCGGUGGUGAGUUCGCGGCGCGGCGGCGGCGCGCGAGGCGGCCAAGGGCCCGGACGCGGGAUGAAGAUCCGCGGGCGGGCUGACCAGCAGCGCCAGCAGCGUGCACCAUCCUCCGACAGCGACGAUAUGCUGAGUCGUCCGCGCCAACCCGUCAACCGGAACAAUAACAACCGUGGCCACAUCCGGUUCGGAGCCGGCAUCGGCACGAACAAUAGAAACAUUGCACCAGCGAGUGGCGGCUAUCGCGACCGGCAGCGGUCCUUGUCGCCGAAUGGUCGUCCCGCUCGCGGUGGUCGUGGCGGUGGCGGCGGCAGUGGUGGACGAGGCCGAGAUAGUUACCAACCUUCGGCCGGAGGGCGCGGUGGAAGACCACCUGCGCCUCCAUCUCGGCCGGCUAGAGGGGGCGCAGGGGGAGGGGGAGGAGGGCGCGGCGGAGGCCGGGGUGGAAAGAGAGGAGGCGGAGGAGGCGGAGGGGAUGCAUACCGACCGCUGCCCAGCGCCGGUCGAAAGGCCUGGGACCGAUACAGGAUGUGA